AUGUCAAAUAUCGGUUCUUUUAAAAAGAAAGAAAUGCACCAGGAUUUCCUGGGAGAAGCUAAAAACACAAACAUACAUCUAUCUAUCUAUCUAUCUAUCUAUCUAUCUAUCUAUCUAUCUAUAUCUCUAUAUAUAUACACACAAAUUGUUUUAACUACUUUCUUUUUAUAUAUAUCUAUGCCUAUCUAUCUAUCCAUCUAUCUAUCUAUAUUUCGCUCUCUCUCUAUCUAUCUAUCUAUCUAUCUAUAUAUAUAUCUCCUCCUCCUCUCUUUCUGUGAUUUUCUCUCUAUCCUUUUCGUUAAAACUCAUUUUCUCUGUCCCAUUCGCUCUCCAUUUUUUAUACACGCAUACAUAGAAGCACUCUCACUCUUUCACCCUUUCACUCUUUCACCCUUUCACUCUCUAAUUCUCUCUUUUUCGUAUGCGCAUGCUCUCUAUAUCUGUUUGUCUGUGCGUAUCUCUCUUUCGAGGUCCCUUCAUGUACGCUCCUGA